CACACCAGUUCACUCGAGUCUUCAGGGCUGGGCACUUUGGGUUGUUGGAUACUUUGACGGACCAGUUGAGUCUGAACAGUCGACGCGGUUGGUACGUGAAACUUGACUAUUCGUCCCUCCUCCACGUGUGGCGCUCGGCUGAUAUUUUAGUGCAAAAAGAACGGGCUUCGAGCGUGAUCUCUCCAUUCGUGAUUCUAUCUGAUGGAUCAGCUCAGAUGAGUUUGACUACGUUUCGCCAUUUUUUCCCAUUUUCAGAAAGAAGGUGACUUGAUCGAAAGUGUACAACAACUUGAACAGAAAAGAGACUUGUAGUGGCCGGCAUCUGCUGUUGAUCAUUUUCUGAUUUCUGGGCCCCCCUUUUUCUUCUCCUUCUUGUGUGUGUGUGUGUGUGUGUGGGUGAGUGUGUGUUGGUUUUGUAUUCCCCCGGUUAAAACAAAACAAAAACCAUGACUGACGUCAUCAUGGUGGAUGGCAGCGUCGGAGCUUCCAAUAAUACCAACAACAAUCUACCUCUGAACAUGAACAACAGUGUCAUCAGCGUUACGAUGGCAGCAGCAGCGGCAGCAGCAGCAGCAGCGGCGGCAGGUACGACGUCACCGACGUUAGGUGGAACAUCACCCGUCUCGGCUGCUGCUGCAGCCGCUGCCAUGAUGAUGAUGCAACCGCCAGCGUCUUGCUCUUCGUCGUCAUCAUCUUCGUCGUCGUCGACGUCGGCGGCCGCCAUCGCUGCAGCAGCAGCCGCAGCGGCCGCUAAUACACAGAGCGUUGCUGAUUAUUUGGCGCAGCUUUUGAAAGAUAAAAAACAAUUGGCCGCUCUGCCUAACGUAUUUCACCAUGUCGAACGACUGCUCGACGAAGAAAUUGGAAAGGUGCGCGGUAAUCUGUUCCAAAUUAAUGGAACCGAAAAGAAACCAAUGGUACUUCCGGAUGCUGUUGGCGCAGCCGUCAAUCUGUCUGAAAAAGUCUACGUUCCUGUCAAAGAAUUUCCAGAUUUCAAUUUUGUUGGACGCAUUUUGGGACCGCGCGGAAUGACGGCCAAACAACUCGAACAAGAAACCGGUUGCAAGAUUAUGGUCAGGGGUCGUGGAUCGAUGCGAGACAAGAAAAAGGAGGAACAGAAUCGGGGCAAGCCUAACUGGGAGCACUUGAAUGACGAACUUCACGUGCUCAUCACAGUCGAGGACACAGAGAACCGUGCGAAAGUCAAGCUACAGCGCGCAGUCGAUGAAAUCAAGAAACUUCUUGUACCAGCCCAGGCGGACGGAGAAGACGAAUUGAAGAAACGUCAGCUAAUGGAAUUGGCCAUCAUCAAUGGCACGUAUCGUGAUCCAUCGGCUAAACUCGGCCAACCAGGAGGAGGUGUAGCUGGAAAUGUUGUUAGUGGCGUUGGUGUUGGAGGUGGCAAGGGUGCCGAUCUGCUCAGCAUAUGGUUCUAUGAAACGCAGAUGCUUCAACAGUUCGCGAGCCGUCCUCCUUCUCCCGCCAUCAACUCGUAUGCGCCGCGUCUUUUGCAGCCAGGAGUCGGAUUGGGUUCACCAGGUGGACUGAGAAAUCCAUCAGCCGGCGCUUCACAACUUGAAUAUUACUUCAAUCAAGCGUCUUCAAAAGAUUCGUGGAAUGGGAUCGCAGGUGCACCCCUCAUUCUUUCGCCACGAGGAAUGCAGCAUUCAUCGGCCGCUUCCUCAAUGGCGGCUCUUCUCAAUUCAGCUGCAUCAGGUGGUCCGCCUCCGCUGAUCAGCGCUGCAGACGCUGCUGCAGGAUUGCUUUAUUCACCUUACGCUGCCGCCGCCGCCGCUGAAUAUUCCAACUACGCAGCUGCCGCUGCCGCCGCCGCCGGCCUUUCGUCUCAACUGUUGGCCGAAUACCAGACGGGCGUGCCGUCUUCCAACGACGGCACCGCUGGAGGCGCUAGUGGGAAGCUGAGACGCCAUCUGGGCUCGCAAGGGCGUGAGCAUCCUUACCAAAGGAACGACCUCAACUAACAAGCCAACCAUCAACUACCACCCAAAAACAAACCAAUCAAACAAAAUCCAACCCAACCAUCCAGCAGUUGUCCCAGAUAUUCAGGCCAGGUGCUUAACGGUGUGUAGUGCUCUACUUACGAAAUCCCGCGGCCGUUGGCCUGUCGAAUCGAAGAACACUGGGCUCUCGAUCUGAAGACCUGUCCUGCAUCAGCAAGUCGCUAUCACAACCGCCGCUGCAAACCGCGCAAUACUUUGAACAAGUUAUACUUCAGCUAGCAAGGAAUAGUAACUUAAUUAUUAUUUUAUUUUCCGUCUACCGCUAAUCUGCACGUUCUAUCUCUUUAUAAUGGUUCUAUCGUGAGAUUGUGUGCCAACUUGAUCAGCUUUCAUUUAUUUCCCCUCCCCCCUUACUUUCUUUCGCACACAUUGUAAAUAUUUUUUUCCCGACAAUCGCCUUGACAAGCUACGCCUUUAUUUGAAUCGCCCUACCUCAUUGUUUAAACCAAUCCGUUUAAUAGAAAAUCGAUAUCCGGAUGUCAAUCACUCUUUAGUUAAAACGAUCAAGUUUGCCCGAUCUUGCGUUGAAACGCAUUUUUGAAACAUGCCAAACUGUCAGCUUCGGAAGAUGUGUCUUGGAAACGACAGUCCUCGUCCAAAAGGCUUUGGUUAUUUACUAAACAAACGCGGCGCUAGUAGUUCAUCACUGCAAAUUUGGACAAUUUAUAUUUAACCGGUUUUCUCGCUGAGUAGAUGGUUUUCCAUACCCAAUUACUGUGUCUUAAAUUGAAUGAACCUGUUGAUCCUUUCAUUAUCAUAUUAUACGACUACGUUUAUUACGUUAUUUACGUCUGACUGCUGUUCACUUUGUUUGCGACAUGUCAACCGAAGCUUACACCAAGACUUUUCUACCUUUCGCUAUUUUUUUUUAAUAUUUUUUUUAGUUUUAGUGGAAACACGUAUUUAAAUUUCACGAGUGUAUGUUUUUUUCCAAGAAUUGUUGUUGCUAUUGUAAUCCAUUAAACAGCCUUCCCUAGCAAUGGUUGCCAACACACCAAACAAAGAAUUUUCCCAAUAAGAAAACAUUGUGGGCUUUCCUGGAGCAUCGCAACGUAAAAAACAAAAAAACAAACAAAUAAAUAAUAAUAAUAAAAUUAAAUAAAAAAAAUAUUAUUGUUCAAAUGAACAACCAAUAGUGAUUUAGUGAAAACUCGUGCCUUCAUUGUUAUGAGACGUUUUAUUUCAUCUGGGAAACGGAGACAAAAAAAUAUAUGUGUAGCUAUUUUUCUACGUUGGUGCUCGUAACCAUGAUGGCAAGUGCGUGUAUUUUACAUUCAAUCACGUGCCCAUAAGAUUGCUUACACCUUAACCAGGCCUGCAGUACUUAUCACAAUGACUUUGUGCCAUAACUGGAGCCAUUUACCCCAUGUACGAAUUUGUCUACUGUGCUGUUAUCUUUUCUUUUGAAUAAACUUUUCUCCUUUCAA